UUACGUUUCAUCCUGUUUUCCUCAUGCAAAAGCGUUUUUCCGUAUUCUAGACUUCCUCGCUGUUCACCCUUGAUGAUUUUUGGCUCCACGCUUGUCUAGCGUCUGAGUUCUUGUAUUUUUUUGUCCUGCCUUAAAGAAUUACACACACUCCUACCUGCACGCUGCUCCUGCAUGUCCUUCUGCAUUCAAGAGAACAAAACCAUCGCAGCCAUGCGUUCCAAACGCAACACAAGCAAAAUGGGGAAACAGAACAGCAAGCUGACCCCUGAGGUGAUGGAAGAUCUGGUGAAGAACACGGAGUUUAACGAACACGAGUUGAAGCAGUGGUACAAGGGUUUCCUCAAGGACUGUCCCACGGGACGUCUCAACCUGGACGAGUUCCAGCAGCUCUACGUCAAGUUCUUCCCUUACGGGGACGCGUCCAAGUUCGCCCAGCACGCCUUCAGGACUUUCGACAAGAACGGCGACGGCACCAUCGACUUCAGAGAGUUCAUCUGUGCGCUGUCCAUCACGUCUCGGGGCAGCUUUGAGCAGAAACUCAACUGGGCCUUCAACAUGUACGACCUGGACGGGGACGGCAAAAUAACACGGGUGGAGAUGCUGGAGAUUAUUGAGGCGAUCUAUAAAAUGGUGGGCACGGUGAUCAUGAUGAAGAUGAACGAGGACGGCCUGACGCCCCAGCAGAGGGUAGACAAGAUCUUCUCCAAGAUGGACAAGAACAACGACGACCAGAUCUCGCUGGAAGAAUUCAAGGAGGCGGCGAAGAGCGACCCCUCCAUUGUUUUACUCCUGCAGUGCGACCUGCAGAAAUGAGGUGAGC